AUGGAUGCGCCGUACUAUUCUGCCCCGCGGGAAAUCUGGCAAAUAAUCGAGGAUCUGAAAGAGCUUCAUGCUACACAGUUCGAGCAGUCUGAGCGGAUCGCACGACUCGAGCGCCGCCGGGACGAGGAUGCGAGACUGAAAAGUGUUUGGGGUCCACUAUCGCCGUUCCCCACGCCGCUGGGGAGUUCCAUUCCUACUGAACCCGCUUUCAACUCUCCGCCUGACGCCUUCAAAGGUUUUGAUCAAGGGCAUCAUCACGGGUUGUCAAGCUCAGCUAUGGGUAUGGAAGGUGAUGAGGAGCCACGACGAGGCGCCGCCUCGCGGGCGAAUAGUGUGCGGUUUGACGAGAGUGCUAUUCAUGGGUAUGGGCAGGCUAGCCGGCCGAAUACUGAGCUGCCGCUCCGCACUGGCAGUGGGAUGGGAACCGGUAGUGGGGUGGGAAGCUCAAUGAUGACCGAGCGGACUUUUUCUCAUCGGUCAGAUGGCCGAUUGAGCUCCUCUGGACACUCCCUUUAUUCGACCCGGACAAAUAGCAUGGGCUUGGAAACGAGUCGCUCGUUGGGCUCGGCGUACGGUGGAUCGUCGCCACUUCUCCCUCCACCUGGAUGGGCUCUCUUGGGGCCAGCGCCUUGCAUAAUCCGAUGCUGGCUAACGCCUAGAUUUUCGAAUGAGACGCUCCUUUACGCUGCAGUCUGCUCGGGCUCCUAUAUGUCGACACUGGGCAUUUCAACCAUUCGCAAUCUUGGAUUGGAGGAAUCGAUAGAACAUGAAGAUGGCAUGAAAUACGUCAAAAUUCCUGUUCACCUCACCGAAGCUAGUAUUCACCAUGCGUCCCCUCGCUCCGGGAGCCCUGAGCCUCAGGUCCCCGCAUUGACAAUUCGAUUCUUGGUCUGCGAGACAGAUACCGCACAUGAUUCGAUCGAAGUAAUAAUCGGGGUUGAUGUGCUUCGCGCACACAAUGCAGACAUUUUGCUUUCCAAGGACAAGAUUGUUAUGUGUGACGAUGAUCGAAAUCUCAUCUCCAUCCCCCUUGUUCGCCCCGAAAAGGAGUCUGUCUUCAAAACCCUACUAACAGCUUCAAAUGGUAUCAAGAUCGAUCAUGAAUCGAACGAGCCCGCAGUGAAUGGGAAGGAACCCGUUGGGGUUAUUGGACAGCCCAAUGCUCCCCAACAAUCGAUCUCUGCCCCUGCUUCAACUCGCGUCUCGGUUGGCGAAGCGGAUGAGGCGAAAAAGCCCCGUCUGCAAGACCAACUUCUCACGAAUACUGAAUCGCGUCCCACAUCAGCCUCGGCUCGGGAUCCAAAUACUACUUCCCAGACCGAGCCUGCUACUAUUUGGAACUCUUGGCGUCGCCCAAAGCCCGAGCCUAUUGCCACAGAUAAGACUGCGCAGAGUCGUCCUAUGAAAGUUCUUCGUCCUACCAAGUUGUCUACCCGCGCAGUGUCUUACUCACCAGCACCUACCAGUGUCUCUACAGGCACUGAGUCGCACAGCACAGCGCCCAACUCUGCUGUUCCUACUUCUGACGGCAACACUUCCUCCGCAACUAAUCCCGUUGGCGGCGCCUCAGCGUUUGGAUGGUUGAAUUCAUCCCACGCCACUGGAACUAAGUGA